CACAUCUCUACAUUUGUGGAAUUCUUACAACGUCGCAUGAUUUUAAUUCCUUCUUUACAUUUCCAUUCUCAAUAAUUUGCCAAAUAAAUGUUGGAGUUAUGAUAAAAUAUAGCGCAUUAUUUUGUUAUUUGUUACUAUUAACGAUCGAAAUUCACGCAAGGGGUCGGAUUGUGAAACGCAAGACCACUACUAAAGCUCCAAAAUAUACCAUAGAAUCAUGGCCGGGCAAGUGGUUUCCCCACCCACCACUUCCCAAGGAUUCGUGGAAGGGCAAAUGGUUUCCAUACCCACCUUAUACAAAUGGACAAACCUUAAGGGAUCAACAUGCAAAAAAUACACUCAGUGCGUCGGAGAUUUGUGACGAUGGCAAGCAAAAUAUUGGUGUAGACCAUGAUCCAAGUGAUGUGCGACAAACUUUUGAACAUCUCUGUUUAGCUAACCGCUCUUCAUAUUCACCAAAUAUGGACCGGGAAGCCUUCCGGAUCGAAUACUUUAUACCUCCUGCAUACGUAGCGCCAUCUAAGUGCCUUAAUGAAACAAUAAACUACGAUACGGCGCUUCCCACUUACGGUGCAUUCCGCCCCAUCCCGCCAAAAUAUGGUUCUUACACAUAUCUACCAGCGCAACGAUGGGUUUCGUCAUUGUCUCGAGGAGCGAUUGUAAUGCUUUAUCAUCCAUGCGCAUACAGUGGCCAAGUCAAAUUGUUACAAGAUACUCUUCGUGCUUGUUUAUAUCGCCACAUAAUAACACCCACGCAGGCCUUAAGCCCGGAACGUGCACUCGCUUUACUGGCUUGGGGAAAGAGCUUGGAAAUGUCUGUAGUAGAUGAAAAUUUAGUUGUGGAUUUUAUCAGACAGAAUGCAGGAAAAGGUCCAAAUGUUCCAUCGAAGCAGCAAAAUAUAUCCAAGACGUAUCAAGCGGGCUUGUUACAGGAAGCCCACUUAGUUACCGAUGAAAAUGAUGAAGAAGUUUGUGGAUACAGAGAAGAUAUGUAAAGCUUUAAUUAACUAAGGUGCAAUAUUAAUACUGUGAAUUACUUAAAUUAAGAUCAGAAUAUGCUUUCCGAAUAUUUACAUGCCUUAUUGGGUUUAAAAUUUUAUAAAAGUUUAUUGUAGAAAAGUUUUCGCGUGUAAUUAGAUAAUGUUAAAGAAAAUUUAGGAAUAUGAAUAAAAUUCGAUUAAAAAGAAUACCAAAAA